UCCGAAAUGGCGGCAUCGACGACGAUCAUUCCCGAGGGCACAUACGCAAAUCUGGACUCUCCUGACCACCAUGUGUACAGCACAGUGAAUCCGACUACCCAGAAGAACUCGGGUCCAAGGAAAACAGGAAAAAGGCUGGCAGUGGCUCUGGGGCUGCUGUGUGUCAUCUUACUGACUGCCACCAUCACCCUGUGUGUCCUCUACAUGACAGCUUUGGAUGGGCUCAAGGCCCAAAAUGGUACAUGCUGUUAUGAAAAAGACCAACGACAGAAAGAAUACAAUAGGCUAUCUACUGCGAAAGACCAGCUACAGAAUGACUACAACAGCCUAUCUACUGUGAAAGACCGGCUACAGAAUGACUACAACAGCCUAUGUACUGCGAAAGACCAGCUACACAAUGACUACAACAGCCUAUGUACUGCGAAAGACCAGCUACAGAAUGACUACAACAGCCUAUGUACUGCGAAAGACCAGCUACACAAUGACUACAACAGCCUAUGUACUGCGAAAGACCAGCUACAGAAUGACUACAACAGCCUAUGUACUGCGAAAGACCAGCUACAGAAUGACUACAACAGCCUAUCUACUGCGAAAGACCAGCUACAGAAAGACUACGACAACCUGAUGAGACAGUGCAGGCCUACUCCACCCAGUUCAUCCUGUCCAGAGAGCUGGAAGUCAUUCUCCUCCAAGUGUUACCUCUUCACACAGACCAAGCAGAAAUGGGACGAUUGUCGCACUUACUGCAAAGAACAGGGAGCUGACCUGGUCACACAGAUGCAGAAAAGCUGGAACGACAAUCACAAAUACUGCAAAGAACAGGGAGCUGACCUGGUCAUUAUCAAUAAUGAAGAUGAACAGAACUUCACCAACCAAAAUGCAGUAGAAGGAGAGUACUGGAUUGGCCUACAUGACCCAGACCCAAACAAGAGCUGCUUCCGCUGGGUGGACGGGACCCGUCCGCAGACAACGUUCUGGAAGCCCGGAGCACCAGAUGAGCAGAGAAAUCAUGAGGAAUGUGUAUUCACUGGACCUGGUGCGUUGUCCUGGGGCAGCACGCAUUGCUACCAACCCAGGAGGUGCAUCUGUGAGAGAAAGCCCUAUGCAGUCAGCCUCCAGGCGUUGGCCGCGGUCUGUCACGCCGGCUGCUACCUGAAGCCAAUGGUGCUCACCGACCUCAUGCACCCUCCCAAAGUGACAGGCUGCAAGCCAUCCUGUCCAGAGAGCUGGAAGUCAUUCCCCUCCAAGUGUUACCUCUUCACACAGACGCAGAAAAGCUGGAGUGACUGUCGUACACACUGUAAGGGACAGGGAGCUGACCUGGUCAUUAUCAAUACUGAAGAUCAACAGAACUUCAUCAACCAAAAUGCAGUAGAAGGAGAGUACUGGAUUGGCCUAUACGACCCAGACCCAAACAAGAGCUUCUUCCGCUGGGUGGACGGGACCCGUCCGCAGAAAAUGUGA